AUGAUGGACGACUUCGCAAGGCCAUAUGGCUCCUCAGAUGAGUCGGCCAGUAUUGGCGAGGAAAACGAGACUUUGCUGAAUAAAGACUCUGUUCAACCUUUGGUCGUACCAGUUCAGUAUGAUUCGUCCGAGGAUGACGAGCAUGAAGAUGAUUGUGAAGAAGAUGAUGAACAAUCUUGGGAUGAGGUCGCUAUUCCCUAUGACCGAUUCGUUUUCACUGAAGAAAACGGACCAGAUGACUCUGUUCAGAAUUGUACGAUUGCUACCAGCUCUUCCAAUGAAUCGUUGGAUUUCAUGUUUACAGAGACGAAUAGAUAUGCAAAAGAGAAAAUGAUGGUUAGGAAUAAAGACUGGACCGAUACAACUGUCGAGGAAAUGAAACGACUUUUGGGCAUCUGUCUCUACGUGGGAAUUGUCAAGCUGCCGAGCAUGCGUGAUUACUGGUCUACGAAGCCUAUUUUCGUAUGUUCUGUGAAAAUCAUAGUUGGAAAUCGUUUUAAAGCCCCGCUAUCAUGCUUACACUUCGUAGACAAGGAGAAUGCCGACAAAAAAGUAGACUCUAUAGAAAUCAACCGGUUUUGGACUUACUCAACUCUUCCUUUCAACGAAUGUACAAGCCAGAAAAGGAAAUUUACAUUGAUGAAACAAUGGUACCAUUCAAAGGACGGAUCGUAUUUAAGCAAUUCAACAAAUCUAAGAGCCACAAGUACGGUGUCAAACUGUUCAAGCUCUGUUGCAAAUGUGCAUACACUUUGAAGGU